UCCGGGGUACCAAACGGUGCCGUACUAUUAUCAUUGAGUGGCUUAUCUAACGGAGGGGGUGAUAAAAUUUCGUUUCGAUUGUCGAGAUUCGGUCUCAGACAUUUAUUUAUUUGGUGAUUUACCGGUGGUGAGUUUUGUUGGAAACAUGAUGCAAAAGUGAGGGGCCGAAGACUAAGAUGAAAUUCCACCAUUACUUCCGGAUCACACAGUAUGCGAGGUCUCAGAUCCGCCCUGAGGGCGGUCAGCAAAACAAUAAAGAGGGCGUCCCGAUACAGAUGCUCAUUUCGCAAUCUUUUGAUUGCGGUCGCCUGGGAUAUGUGUUGAUGGGCAUUUUCACGCUGGUCAUCGGUAUUAUCUUGUCCUCGGUGCCGUGGGUCGAUUACGUCAUACUACAGAACCUGAAAUUGUGGAACGGCUCGCUCAGCUUCCAGUAUUGGCAGAAACCGGGCGUGAUACGACUGACGAAGGUUUACAUUUUUAACGUGACCAAUCCGGACACCUUUUUGAACGAUGGUGAAAAGCCCAGACUGCAGGAAAUUGGACCCUUUGUUUACAGGGAGGAGAUGGAAAAGGUGAACAUCAAAUUCCACGACAACGGCACUCUGACCUACCAGCACAAGAAAAUCCUCCAGUUCGUGCCAGAACUGUCCGUCAACAAAGACCAGAAAAUAACAGUGCCGAACAUCCCCCUCUUAACUCUAUCCACUUAUUCGAAUACACUUGGUUACUUCAUUCAAAAGACAAUAUCAGUUUUAUUGAGUCUCGGAAAGUUCAAACCGUUCGUCACAAUCACGGCGGACGAAUUGGUUUUCGGGUACGAAGACAAGUUGGUGGCCCUAGCCCACCAGUUCUACCCGAAACGCAAACGUCCCAUGUCCAAAAUGGGGCUGUUAAUCAACAGAAACGGCACGUUGAACGAAGUACACACGAUUCACACCGGAAUGAAAGGAAUGCACGAGUUUGGACUGUUGGACCGCCUCAAUGGGGACACGAAACUGCCCUAUUGGAAUGACGCGCCGUGCAACGCCUUGCAGGCGAGUGAGGGCUCGUUUUUCCCACCCAGAUACUUCACUAAAAAAGACCUGUUGCAUAUUUACGACAAGGAUUUGUGCAGGAUUAUGCCGCUGCAAUACAGAGGACCGAUGACCAAGCAUGGUAUAUCCGUUGACAUGUACACACCACCUGAUACCAUGUUUGAAAGCGUCGACAAGUACCCUGACAACAAAUGCUAUUGUCCUGGCAAUGAGUUUUGCCCUCCAAAAGGGCUGCAGAACAUUUCUCCCUGCCAAUUUGAUGCUCCCGUUUAUUUAUCCUUCCCACACUUCUUGGAUGCUGAUCCGGAACUCCUCAGUGGUUUCCAAGGCCUUAACCCUCAGAGGGAGAAACACCAGUCGUAUUUUAAAAUACAACCAAAACUUGGAGUACCAAUUGAAGGCAAGGUACGUGCCCAACUCAACCUCAAGGUAGACCAGGCACCUUACGUGUCAGCCGUCCAGAACUUUCCCAGCAUAAUCUUCCCCAUCAUGUGGGUGGAGGAGGGUAUCGAUGAUGUGACGCCAGCAAUAAGACGCUGGAUGUACCUGGCAACGACGUUCGCAGACGUGGCCUGCCCACUGAUGACCUACGGCUUCAUAUUCCUGGGCAGCUGCGUUCUAAUAGGCGUCUUCAUCAACACAUACAAAUCGCUGGUGUUCACCAAAGAGACAAUAGAAGUGGGUAUGAGGAGGCUGAGACGGGGCAGUCUGUACAUCUCGCAGCCGCAGCUGAACAGGAUGAUCGGCAGGCGGGACACAUACACGCUGUUGGACCUGCGGGAGGAAAUCGAAGUCUGAUUGUGUGACGGUGCAAUUUUUUUUAGUGUUAUAAUUCAUCCCCUCAUCAUAUAGUUGACUUAAUGAAUUUUAGACUAGUCAAGUUGCUGAUGAACGAGUUCAUAAACGUGCGUCGGUUGAUCGGAUUCGUUGGAUCAUCGGUUUAGACAUCCAAUUUUGUUUUGUUUUGUUUUAUUGCGACUGAUUCCGUUAACCCUGAUAAUGGUACUACAUUGUAGAUUGUUACGAAUUGCGCGAAAAAUUGCUCAGCUAGAUUUUAUGGUAUUUUGUAUAUAUUUUUCUAAUAAACGUAUUUUUAAAA